AUGUCUAUCGGAAGUCCCAUUACCACAAACUUCAAUGAAAACAAUUUAUCGAAAGAAUUUAUCAAUCAAUUUCAACAUCUUACAAAUCAAACGACUUCAAUUCAAUCAAGAUCCUCAAAACUCUUGAAAUCUACUUCAAUUUCAAUACCAAGAUAUGAUCAAUCUGAAUUACAAUUAUCAAAACAGAUUCAAUUUAGACCAGCACUCUUGACUUCAAACAUACAUAGAUUCACUAUCUCAGUCUUACCAAUCUAUGCUACAAUAUCUUAUGAACUUGAUAGAUUAAGAAGUUGGAAAGAUCCAAUUCGUACUGGGAUUUGGGCUACCAUCUAUACGAUUCUUUGGUCCUAUCGUUUAACGUUUUUUGGUUUUCUAUCAAUUGUGUUAUGUUUCACGAUUUCACCCAAUCAAACUUAUUCAAUUUUAUUUCCUACAACGACUGAUACUCAAACGACUUCUACGACAACCUCUACGACCUCUACGCCUACUUUGAUUGAUUCAAAAGAUGAUUUACAUGAAACGUUACCUUUCGAGAUACCAACUGACGAUUUUAUAAUUGAAACUGAUGAAAUUAAAUUAGAAAAUUUUGAAGAAUCACAAAGUGAAGAGUCCAUAAAUUUACCUAAUAUCUUAAUCACCGAGUCAAAUACCACUCCAAUCAAAACCAAGGAUGAUGAAAUCCAUUCAAUUUCAAGUUUAGAAUCAAAUCUUCCACCUAGUUCAAUCAAAUCAUCGGAUUUAUCAAUAGACCAAAGUUUCAACUCAGCUAAAUCUGUGAUCACUAGUUCUACUUCUAUCAAAUCUAAUCAAACAAGUCCUGAUUCCAUCAAAUCAAAAACCCCUAGUUCCAAUUCAACCAAAUCUAAAACACCCAGUUCUAAAUCCACCAAAUCCACCAAACCCUCAUCAACAUCAACUCAAUCUUCCUUCUUACCCACAAAAUAUAGGACACACGUAGAGAAGUAUGGUGGUGGUGUUCAAAACAUUGCGGCAGCAUUAUCAGAUGGACAUGAAAGAUUUUUAAACUUAUUCAAAGGAAAAUAUGUUAAACCGACCACCAGAGCUACCGAACCUGAAGAACUUUGGAUCUCACCUAACAUUAGAUUAAGUUUGAUCAUUACAAUCAUUUUGAUGGUAUCAUAUUUUGUUCCGACUGAAAUUAUUCUACGUAGUAUAAGUUUGAUAAUUGGUAUUAUUUUAUUUGUGAUUGAACCUUUGGAGAAACGAUAUGAAUGGAUUUCAUCAAUUUUAGAUCCAGAACAAGGAAUUUUGAAAGAUGUACCUACUGAUAGAGCAUGGGUUUUAUAUGAAUUAAGACAAAUCAAAAACAAACAGGGUUUGAAAGGUUUAUAUAGAGUUUUAAGUGUUUUGGAUGAAGAAUGUCAUGCGGUUAAAGCAGAAGAAAUUAAAACUGAAGAUGUAGUGAAUUUGAAUGAAACCUCAAUAACUUUAGAAACCACUAGUUUGAAAUCGACUCCAACUCAUUUAUCUAACUCUUCUACUUCUACCAAAUCAAGUAAAAGGAUCAAAUUGGUGAAUACGAGUCGAAAGUUUACAAAGUUUUUAGAAAUCGGAAACGAUUUAUUAAAUUUAGAAAAACCUAUUAAACUAGAUAAUUAUAUCAAUACGAUUCUACAACCUACCAAUUCAUCAAUUUAUUUAAAUUUAAAGACUAAAUUGAAAAAACAAACCAAUACGAUCGAAUCGAAUCUAUCAAAUUUAAUUUUAAGAGAAGCUAAAGAAAUCAAAGAGGUCAAAGAGGUUAAGGAGGAAAAGGAAAAGGAAGAAGAAGAAGAAAUGAUUAGGUUUGGUUGUUGUUUCAAAAGAUUACCCGGAGAAUUAAAAGUAUAUGAAGAGUUUAUUAGAUUCGAUUCAGGUUUUAAUUUCUUAAACAAAUCAUUAAACAAAUCGAAUUCACCUAUCAAUCCAAGUUCUUCUAUGAAUUCAAAUCAUUCUAAUAUAAAUGAUAGUCAUCAAAUUCAAAUUAAUUUCAAUCAAAUCGUUUCAAUUAAAAAAUCAUCUGGAAUUGGUAUUACAGGAAUUUGGGGAUCAAUAGAUGGAAUCGAAAUCGAAGUUGAAAUCGAAUCUCAACAAGGUUUGAUAGUUAAUGAAGUUUAUAAGUUUUGGAAUUUGAAUCAAAGAGAUUUAUGUUUUAUAUUUUUAAUGGUUUUAAGAGAAUGGAAAGAAUCAUCAACUAGAUUUGGAUUAAAUUCAUCUGGUUGGAUUUCUAUUUGA